AUGGUUUCAAUAAUAUUUUUUUCAUUCAUAACUAUCAUUUCAAUUAUUACAACUUGUAGUGAGUUUUUUUUUCGAAAUGCUGAUUUUACUCAAAUCUAGAUGGAAUAUUUCAGACAAACUAAAGAAAAAUAAAAUGAAAUCACAAGAAAUAAAACAACCAUAUAAAAGUGACAGCAGUGGAACUGGUUCAAUUUAUUCUGUUAAAAAUCCAACAACAUCAAAAAAAGAGGAGAUGGAAACAGUGAAAAAAUGCGCGGAAAAAAAUGAUGGACACAAAACAGAAAAAGGGGAUAAAAUAUUGAAAACCGAAGAAGAGUAGGUUGAUGUUAGAGAAGAAAAUCAAUAAAAUUUGAAAGUUUCAGAGAUUUGUUUGGUGAUCUUGCGAAAAAAUUGGCGAAAAAAGAGAGAACUGAAAAAACAGAAUCGCUGAAACGCACGGAUGAGAAGAAUCCACUUUAUGAUGCAAAUCGAGGAUCUGGUGAAACAGUUAGAUGUUCACUUAAAAUGCCUGUUAAUGAGAAUAAUAAUGGAAAAAGUAAAAAUGUUCGAACGGAAGAAACACAGGAAUCAAUUCAGUCAAAAAUUGAAGUCACAAAAACACAAAAAACUGAAAUUAUUCCACCCAAAAAUUGA